GGAUCAAUGGCGGCUUCGCUUGGAGAAUACAUGCUGAAAACUAAGUUCACCGUUGCUUUAUUUGCAGUGUUUGCAUUACUUCUGCACGGUGCAUCUGAUGUGGGCACAGACACAGUGUCUGUGUUUGCGAUGAAGGGAGAUUCAGUCACUCUUCACACUAAUAUUACAAUAAACCAACGAGAAAGAUUUAAAUGGUAUUUUAUUGAUGAUCUCAUCGCUCAAAUCAAUGGAGAUCAACGUUAUAUCUGCACAGAUGUUAAGUGUAAUAAAGAAGAUGAGAGAUUCAGAGACAGACUGAAGCUGGAUCAUCAAUCUGGUGAUCUCACGAUCACAAACAUCAACACUUCAGAUGAUGGAGUUUAUCGACUACAGACCUUCAGCAGCAGCCACAUUGGAAACACUUUCAAAGUUGUUGUUCAUGAUGUCCCUGCUGAUAUGAAGAGAAAGUCGCUGAUGGAGGGAGAAUCUGUCACUUUAGACACUCCUGGAGUAAAAAACCCAAAUGAUGUGAUCAAGUGGUAUUUUAAUGACACUCGCAUCGCUGAAAUCACUGGAGAUCAGACUCAAAUCUGUGAAGAUGUUCAGUGUACUGAGAGAUUCAAAGACAGACUGAAGCUGGAUCAUCAAACUGGAUCUCUGACCAUCACAAACACCAGAACCACAGACUCUGGACUUUAUAAACUACAGAUCAAAUCCAGCAGAAACCACUACAGUGUCACCAGCAUUAUGAGCUUCAGUGUUUCUGUGACUGAUUCAGGUCUGUCCUCAGCUGUUAAAGCAGGAAUAUAUGUUGCUGUUGUUCUGAUGAUGGCUGCAGCUGUGGUUGGUGUGAUUUACUAUCACCUCAGGAGCUCCAUAAAGGAUGAAGAAAGCCCUCAAGAUCGGAGAGGAUCCCAACAGGAUCAGUGUGAAGACACUGAUGCAUUAUUCCCAUUUAAAAUGGCUAGAAGACCUACUGGGGGUGGACGCCAACGCCUGUUCACCCAACAGCAGGAACUUGCCAUAGUGAACCUAGUCAGAGCAAACAAUGCAAUCCGUCUCCACCAGCUACAGCAACAAAUACUUGCAGAUAGGCAAGUAUUCAACAACAUAAAUCGAGUAAGCAUUACAACUAUCAGACGCAUCUUGGUAAAGCACAACAUGACCAUGAAGCAAUUGUACAGGGUCCCAUUUGAGAGGAACAGUGUCAGGGUCAAAGAACUUCGACAUGAAUAUGUACAGAGAAUCUUGGACAUGGAUGGAGCUGCCCAGCCGCAUGAAUGUAUUUACAUUGACGAGGCUGGAUUCAACCUUAGCAAAAACAGACGACGGGGACGUAAUAUAAUUGGCCAAAGGGCAAUUUUGCACGUCCCGGGGCAGCGCGGGGGAAAUAUCACAUUGUGUGCUGCCAUAAGUCUUCGAGGCCUACUGCACCAUCAUGCCAAACUGGGUCCCUAUAAUGCGCAACACAUCAUCACAUUUCUAGAUGCACUUCAUGAUGCAGUUGGACAGGAUGGACCAGAGCAGCCCAGGUUUGUUGUUGUCUGGGAUAAUGUUAGUUUCCAUCGGGCUGCUCUGGUCCAGAACUGGUUCACCAACCAUGAUCACUUUGAAGUUCUGUACUUGCCCCCUUACUCGCCAUUUCUAAAUCCUAUAGAGGAAUUUUUUCCGCUUGGAGAUGGCGCGUAUAUGACCGCCAACCACAUGCCCGUAUGCCUCUUCUGCAGGCAAUGGAACAGGCCUGCGGAGACAUUGAGUUUCACCGCGCCUGUGCGCCUUUGCGGUAACCGGUGCAGUGUGGUUACUGGCCUGGGCUCGAUGGCGGCGCCGGUUGUUGGAGGAUUGACGGGGAAGUUUUUCGUUAGUGCGGCGGUGUUUGCAUGGCUCGCGCACGGUUUCCUCAGCGUGGAUGCAGAUAACAUCUCGGUGUCAGUGGUGGAGGGAGAUUCAGUGACUCUACUCACCGAUGUUAAAAUUAGCCAACAAGAGAGAAUGAAGUGGUAUAUGAAUGACAUUCGCAUUGCUCAAAUCAUUGACAGUCAGAGAAAGAUCUGUACAGAUGUUCAGUGUGAUGAGAGAUUCAGAGGCAGACUGCAGCUGGAUCAUCAGACUGGAGCUCUGACCAUCAUGAACAUCAGAACCACAGACUCUGGACUUUAUCAACUACUGAUCAGCAGCAGCAGCAGCAUUGAAGAGAAAUUCAAUGUGUCUGUCCAUGGUGUUUCUGCUGAUGAGCGAAAUCAAAUGAAGAGAACGUCAGUGAAGGAGGGGGGAUCUGUCACUUUAGAUCCUGGAGUAAUAAAAAACCCAAAUGAUGUGAUGAUGUGGUAUUUUAAUGGCACUCUUAUGAAUGAAAUCGAUGGAGAUCCCAUUAAGAUCUGUGAAGAUGUUCAGUGUACUGAGAGAUUCAGAGACAGACUGAAGCUGGAUCAUCAGACUGGAUCUCUGACCAUCACAAACACCAGAACCACAGACUCUGGACUCUAUCAACUAGAGAUCAGCAGCCAUCAAUGUCAUGGUCGCUGCACUGUCACCAGUAUGGAGAACUUUCAUGUUGAUGUCAUUGGUUCAGGUCGGUCUUCGGUUGUUAGAGGAGGAAUAAUUGGUAGUGUUCUGAUGGCAGCUGUAGCUGCUGUUGGUUUGAUUUACUAUCGCUUUUGGAUCUACAGAAAUGACAUGGAGAAAAACAUGAAGGGAUGGCUUUUGGAUGAAGACCAUGUAUGAGGACAAGAAAGAUGGAGGUCCCAUUUAAUUAAAUUGCCAAAAACAUGUUUCUGCUUUUAUAAACCAGAAUGGGGAAAUGGGCUUGUGUUUUUGAGCUGUAAAAUUAUGAAAAAAUAUAAUAUAUUUUGUUAAUUUAUAAGGAAAUGUAUGUAUAUAUAAUCCAGGAGACUCAGCGGUCACCUUACCUGUUACUAUUAUGGUGUUUGCUUAUGAACCAGAACUUGAGUGUAUCGCAGGGAUUGUCUUUAAUUGCAUUUGUGUAACACACCAAACACUAUGUUGGAUGUUGCUAGAAUUAUCUGUAUUGAUUUAACAUCAGAACAUGGAGAAAUUUUUCAGCUGAUCUUCCCUAUGCAUAUACGUAUAUAUGUGUGUGUACGUAUAUAGAUGUUGCUGGAAUUAUCUGUACUGUUAAAGAACAUAAAAUAAACUUUAAAAUAUAUAAGUUCUUGUUUAUGUAUAUAAUAUAUUUUAUUUUCUGAGAUGAACAACACUACCGAUAUUGAUCUUGAUCGUGAUGAUGAUAAUGUCAUCAUAAAAGACAUUAAGUACCUAGUCUUAUAUCAUUUUCUUUUUCCCUAUUAUCAUGCACCUUUUUUGUUUCUUCAAAACAAUGUUUGUGUUAAUCAGCUCAGAGAAUUUGAAAUCCUGCCAGAAAAACACUUUCAGAGCCCGCUGGCUAAUUAAAAAGUGGUAAUCACUUUUGUAUUGAAUUUGAAUGUUUCAAAUGUUUGCAUUAUGAGCAUAUACUUUUUACUAAUAUAUUUUAGUUUAUUUUGAUGACAAUGUGAAUGGAUGUAACACAUUUUGUGUUGAUUUUAAAUAAACUGUUUACAUAUACAUUAUCAUUAUUUGUCAAUUAUAUUGACAUUAAAAAGAUUA